GAAUGUUGUUAAUUUUUGUUCCUUCAUUCCUUUCCUAGCAAUUGAAACUUAAAAGUUAAAACUCAUUUCUACCAACUUCUUCCUCAUUUUCCUUGCAAUCCUCGUCGAUCGUCAUUAUACAAUCUUUCAUCGUGAUAAUUUUGAAGUACCUGAUAUUUGUUCACUGUAUUCCUAUUCUCCCUGAUAUUCUUUCUUUCUCCAUAAAUUUUUGUUAAUAAAAUUUACACCCCACUCCAUGUUCUUCAAGGGAAGACAACUUUAGAAUUCUAGAACUUUCUUGAAUCUUGAUGAUUCUCAUCUCGCUGAUCCUGGAAUUCUAGAAACAAGUAUAAUUUCUUGGAAUAUUGAUAGCAUGUUUGAAUUGUUCACCUACAAUCCAUUGAUUUACGAUUCUUCAGUUCAUUUAGGUUACUUGUUUUGUUUCGAUUUCUUCUUCCCCGAUACCUGAUAACAUAUUCUUCUCAUUUUUACUUUAUAUCUUAUCUUGUCAAACUUGAUUUAAUUUUUUUUAAAAGCACAAAGAAUUGGCGCCUGCAUAAACCAACACAACAAAACCUCCCCGAACUUGAUUACGUGGCAUCCCUCUGUUCGUUCCAAUACCUUGCCCAGUAAGAAACGCGAUUACUCUGUAACCGCAACCUCUCUCUCUCUCUCUCUCGUAUACGUAUAGGUGUGUGUUUGCAUUUAUAUGAUCGUUUAUAUAUCCAUUACUUGUUUCUUCUGUCUGUAUAUAGCAUCAAGUCAAGUAUACAUCCUUUGCACAAAUUAUUGUUUCCAAUGGGCAAAGAUUUGAAGCUAACUUGUGCUACUUGUUUUGCUACAAGGUGCUGCCAAUUGGCAUUUCCACUUAACUUCCUGACUCUUAAGAAGCAUAUUCGAUGGACGAAAUGUAAAGAAGAUGUUUGAAACAAUGGUGAUUGAUGGUUCCAGAACAGAUGACUUCUUCAAGGACUACAUCAUACCUGAUUACAUACUUUUACCAGGAUCUGACAUAACAGAAGUGACUUAUGUUCCUUCUUGUCCUGUGAUAGUAUUUAUAAACUCCAGAAGUGGUGGUCAGCUGGGAGCAGAACUACUAGUUACAUAUCGUUCACUUUUAAAUGAAAACCAGGUGAUUGAUUUGGGAGAUAAGGCCCCUGACCUGGUGCUACACCAACUAUAUCUCAAUUUGGAGAAGCACAAACAAAAUUCUGAUCCUAUUUCCUCAGAAAUCCAGAUGAAAUUGAGAUUAAUAGUUGCAGGUGGGGAUGGCACAGUUGGUUGGCUUCUUGGAGUGCUUUCUGAUCUAAAACUAGCUCAUCCUCCACCAGUCGCUACAAUGCCACUGGGGACUGGCAAUAAUAUCUCAUUUUCAUUUGGCUGGGGAAAGAAGAAUCCUGGUACAGACCCUUACUCUGUGAAGGCAUAUUUAGUCGAGGUGAACAAUGCAAGAGAGAUGAAAAUUGACAGUUGGCAUGGUCUCAUGCGAAUGAAGGUUCCCGAGCAAGAACCUUGUGAUCCAACUGCACCGCUUGAGCUACCACAUUCUUUACACGCAUUUCAUCGUGGGUCCCAAUCAGACAAUUUGAGCACUGAUGGUUUCCGCACAUUUGGUGGGGGAUUUUGGAACUAUUUCAGCAUAGGAAUGGACGCUCAAGUGUCAUAUGCAUUUCACAGCGAGAGGAAAUUACAUCCAGAAAAAUUUAAAAACCAGCUGGUGAAUCAGAGUACGUAUGCAAAGCAUGCGUUAACACAGGGAUGGUAUUGUGCUUCUCUCUUUCAUCCAUCUUCAAGAAAUAUCGCACAGCUAGCAAAGGUUAGGGUCAUGAGAAAAUCAGGUCAGUGGGAAGACCUCCCCAUACCUAGCAGCAUGAGGUCUAUUGUUUGUCUUAAUCUGCCCAGCUUUUCCGGUGGAUUCAAUCCUUGGGGAACACCUUCUGGAAGAAAACUUUAUUCGACAGAUUUGACUCCUCCUUAUGUUGAUGAUGGGCUUAUUGAAGUUGUUGGUUUCCGAAAUGCAUGGCAUGGGCUUGUUUUGCUUGCACCGAAAGGGCAUGGCACUCGUCUUGCACAGGUGAAUAGGAUACGCUUUGAAUUCUACAAGGGUGCAGCUGAACAUACAUACAUGAGGAUGGAUGGAGAACCGUGGAAACAACCCCUCCCUGUCAAUGAUGACACUGUAGUUGUUGAAAUCUCUCACUUUGGUCAAGUCACUUUACUUGCGACUCCACAUUGCAGAUCAAGAAGCAUGCGUGCACCUCCCUUAUCUUACACAUCUGAAGCUGACCAUAAUAUUUACAACGAAGGUUGAGAAAUGAGAACCAUGAUUAAGAAAGGAAGAGUUCAGACACCGCUAACACUUGUAAAAUACCAGAUGAUCAUAGCAAUCAGACGCUCUUUUGUUUGUAUACCUUGUUGAAUACUACUCUAAAGGUCCAUGUGUAUAUCUUUGUGAAUUUUUCUCCCUCCAGUAUACAUCAAUAUCAAACUCUAGUUUAUGCACCUAGUCUAUUUACCAAAACCAGUUUUUUUAUUUUUUAGAGAUA